AAAGGUGUGUGUGUGUGUGUGUGUGAGUUUUUGAAUUCCGCCUGUAGCGGUAUAUAUGUGUGUGUGUGGAUCAGAAAGUGUUGCAAGACGUAAAAUUUAAAGUGUUGGAAAGCACAUAGAGAUCAACAAGCAGUCAAGUAGGCAUCUCGCUUGCACUUAGGCAUCGCCGGCAUACGUAAAUGUCAAAGUUUGUCGAUUGUUCGUCUGCCGUGAGAGUUGUUAGUUGCUUCGUUGUCUUCUUCGCCAAGCCAAAACAUAGAGAAGACCUACGAAUGACAACAAAAUCUUAAAUAAACUUAGCCAUUGCGUCGCAAACGUAUCUAUGUACAUCCAUACAUACAUACUAUAUAAUUAGUUCACGUAUAGAACCAUAAACGAAUCGAGACUGUUGGAAGAAAUUGUCGCAGGCGUUUAUUAAAGGGCUAGAGUGUACUUAAUAUCAAUAUUCAAUAACGAUAUGGACGCCCAGAAAAGUUAUCUCAUGGAGAAAUAUCACGGAUUAUGUAAUUACUUGGAGCGCGACACAGUCGGCAGCAAGCUUGCCAUCUAUGGCACCUCCACAUUGAUGCUGGUUGUUGCGUACAUGAACCGCAAGCCUGCAUAUCUGGUGAGGCAGUUCAAGCAGCCGUCGCACAUCCCGGAACGCAUUAUCAAUGAACGGAUUAUGCACACCGGACAGAUACGCGGCAUACAGCAGCGCGAUCAGGACACACUGCUGCUAAUCAAGCAUCGGCCGCUGAUACCGAUCUUCACCAGUCGCGAUCGCCUGCUACCCGUCAAGUUGCCUGGCGUGCGUGUCAAUGCCAAUGGUUAUGCCUGGCUGCAACAGUGUCUGAUUGGACGCGAUGCGACCUUUAUACCGCUGAACAAAAGCCAGUCACAGGACUAUGUCGUCUGCCAGCUGUGUCUGGUGCAUCCGCCCAAGGGCAAUCGAUUGCUGGAUGUCUCUGAAACGUUGCUCAAACUGCGUUUCGCCAAAUUCGCCCAGGAUAUGGCUGCGGCUCUAAAAAGGAACAGCAAAUAUUAUAAGCAUUUGCGCGAUGUGGAGAGCAGCGCGGCCAGCAAGGAGGCGUGGCUGACCUGGUUGGCGCGCUAUCCUUUCAUUUGGCAGCGUUUCAACCAGCUGAAGGCGUCGCUGUUGCCCAAGCAAAAACUCUUACCGGAGCUAGUGCGCUAAGUAGACACGUCCAGCACACACCCAACCCUCCGCACAUAAUUUCACAUACUGUUUAGGUUUCUUAAGCGCAAUCGCAAAACGUUGACCGUACAUAAUUGUUAACUUAAUUCUAAGUCGAACGGAAAUCCCAAGCUAUUCAAAAAAAUAAUGAACGUGUUUUUCUGACCAUUAACGGAGGAAUGCUAAAAACGAAACUGAACAAAAGCGAGAAUUCUUUUUAUUACGAAUGGUAGAAUAUGCUCUUUAGAAUGAUAUCUGUGUGUUUAUUGUGGCUGCAUAUAUAUAUAAAUAUAUAUAUAUAUAUAUAUAU